GUCUCUCGUUCUCUUCGUUCUCAACGAAACAACCAAGCAAACCAGAAAGCACUGAAAACAAGACAGUAAAACAUCCAUGGACCGACGAGCCCAGAUCGAAUUCGGUCGCCAGGACCGCAGCGUUUCCAGGAUGGGAGGCGGCCAAAACCUUCGACAACAGCAACGACUCGCACAGGGCUCUGCGAGCAAGAAGCAGUCCGCAAAAUCAAUUCCGAGGGACUGCGCUACCUCCCACUACAAGCGGCUCAUCCACGACGCUUUGACGUGGCGGUUCUUGCAGGACACGUACAUCGAGACGGUGGACAACAGGGGGUACUCGGUUCGCCGGGACGAUCUACCUUCCUACAGCGGCUUUGCCGUCCAGGUGGAAAUACGGGACGACGGCCACCGCGGCCGUUCGGUCUACGCGGCCGAGCCCAUCAAGAAGGGCACCAAGGUGUGGAAGAGCACCCACCUGGUGUCCUUCUCGACCCCCUUCGAGCUGCAGUCGUUUCUGGGCGAGCUGGACCACGACCUCCAGUGCGACGCCCUCCUCUGGGCGUACGUCGAGAAGGGCGAGGGGUACGUGUCGCUGGCACUGGAUCCGGCCUCCUUUGUCAACCACGGGGAGACCGAGGAAGACAUCAACCUGGACGGUGACUGCUACGCCCUGCGGGACAUCCGCAUGGGAGAGGAGCUCCUGGAAAACUACACGCACUUUAUCGGCUUUGGCGAGGAGGAGGGCGUCGAGUGGUACAACCACAUCCGCGGCCUGGCCUGGCAGGAGGGCGAUCUGGGCUCGCGCACUGCCGAAUCGACGAACGAGUACAACCUGCUUGGGGCGCCCAAGAUGGGCAUCGGCGGCGUCGUCGACGCCGCCGGGGAGUACGCUCCCGGCAGGAAUCCGGCGGCCUGGAUGGCCGGGCUGUUGCUCCUGGUCCUGGUGCUGCGCCGAGCGGGAUCCCUUCCCUUUUUUUCGGGAAAGAAGGAAAAGGAGGGGCUGUAGGGCAUCGUGCCGGACGGCAAGCCGUCGUUCGGCAUCUCCGCUGCGGAGAGGAAACUUCUGGAGCGCAUCCCUACAGGCAGAAGCACCGAGGUUCGGCCCACGGUCCUCGGGCUUCGACCGGCUGUGUUGUUGCGAUGCGAAGCUAAGCGAAACGGAGGAUAUUUGCCUCUAGAACCCUGGAUCUUCCCGUUUGGUUCGGCUGCAGAUUGUGUGGAACUGCAAAAAUUGCAAAUCUCGCAGUGACCACAGCAUGGACGAGAAGGAUUCGAUGGAGCGGAGCGGAGAGGAAGGCACCGGCUUCUCCCCUCAGACUCGAUCAAACAAAGGCGUGGGGCAACGGAAGCGUGACUGUGUUUCCCGCCAGUUGGUAGUCGCACGGGCGCAACCGCAAUCGCAAUGUACGGGAUCAUUUCGAGUGCAAACCCGAACGCAAGCACGGCAGGUACUGCGUAAUUUUUUGAAACAAUGAUAAACAUAGCGCUUGAUU